UGCAAUGAAGAUGAAAAUGGCCGAUGGAAGUACAGCAGUCCUCCGACGAAAUCGGCCAGGAACAAAAGCUGAGAUGUGGUCAAAAUGGAGUGACAUAGCUUAUGAAGAAAUGGAUAAUACAUUAGCUGUACAACAGUAUAUACAGCAAGCUAUAAACAAAGAUGUUAAUGAUGUUGAAGGUAUUUUAAAUCAGCCAGAUGGUGUUGAUGAAGGAGUUUGGAAAUAUGAACAUUUACGGCAGUUUUGUAUGGAAUUGAAUGGAUUAUCAGUCAAGUUGCAGGCUGACUGUAAUCCAGAAACAUGUACACAGAUGACAGCGACAGAGCAAUGGAUCUUUCUAUGUGCAGCACAUAAAACCCCUAAAGAGUGUCCAGCAAUAGAUUACACAAGACACACACUAGAUGGAGCUGCAUGUUUAUUAAAUAGUAAUAAAUAUUUCCCAAGCAGGGUGAGUAUAAAGGAAUCAUCAGUAGCUAAACUAGGAUCAGUAUGUAGAAGAGUUUAUAGGAUAUUUUCACAUGCUUACUUCCAUCAUAGAACAUUAUUUGAUGAAUAUGAAAAUGAGACCAACCUGUGUAAAAGAUUUACAAUAUUUGUGACAAAGUACAAUCUUAUGUCCAAAGAGAACUUAAUUGUACCUAUAUUAGAUGACCAAGAAUUAAUUGAAGGAGAAAGUGAAGCAUAAUCAGUAAUUCACCACAUUUAUAGCCUAAGUAUUCAUGUAAAGAUGGAUUGUAACUUGGAACAGCAGUUGAUGAUGUUGGCAGUGCUAGGACUCAGUAAUAACUAAAUGUUUACUCUAUUGUCAAUGUCUACUUUGAAGGUGUUUAUGUUAAUGAAAAAGAAUUUUGUAUUACUUAAUUGCAACACAAGAUGUUCAUCAAAAAAGUCAUAAGAAGUUUUUGAAAUUUAAAUAUUUUCUUCUCAUUUAAGUGGUGCGAUUGCCUGAUAAGAAAAUGUGUAUUGUGUUAGCUUUUUUUUUUGUUACAAACAUUUACUUAAAAAUGUGGUUGAAAACUACAUACUUUAUCAAUUAUUACAAAGUUUCAGUUCUUUUUUAAAAAAAAAUAA